AGCCCCAAUACACUAGCUGACAUGGCGCAUUUCAAAGGCAGAUCAUCCAAUAAGACAGAGGAAGGGGCAGGUCUGAGCUCGACCUUCGGAUUUGCAUCGUUUACUGCAGUAACACAUAAACUCGGCUGAUGACGCUAAUAUCCGUUACCGCUACCUGUCUCCCCUCGGCCCGUUCAGGAGUCUGCAACCUCGACUCGCUCUAGACUCAGAUUUAUUAGCAGAGAGACAUGCAGGCCCAAGAGCUGUUGAAGCAGCUGCGUGUGCCUGAGCUGGCCGAGGUGAGAGAUUACCUCCGCAGCCUGUCCACCGGUACGCUGGUGGGAAUGGGGGCCUUCGCCGCACUCACCACCUUCUGGUACACCACACGACCAAAAGCCAUCAAACCCCCCUGUGACCUGCACAUGCAGUCCGUCGAGGUUCCGGGAGGAGAGUUUGUACGCAGAUCAGUGCUAGUGGACGCUGACAACCUUCUGUCUUUUUACUAUGAUGAUGCUACGACGAUGUACGAGAUUUUCACCAGGGGUUUACGUGUAUCGAAUAACGGACCUUGCUUAGGCUUCAGGAAACCGAAGCAUCCGUACGAGUGGCUGUCCUAUUCAGAGGUUGCAGAGAGAGCCGAGAGACUCGGCUCAGCGCUGCUGCACAAAGGUCACUCUAAAACCAGAGAGCAGCUCAUCGGCAUCUUUGCUCAGAGCAGACCCGAGUGGACUAUCACAGAGCUGGCUUGCUACACUUACUCUCUGGUAUCAGUCCCUCUGUAUGACACACUUGGGACUGAAGCCAUCGAUUACAUCAUCAACAAAACCGGCAUCUCCACAGUAGUGUGUGAUACACCAGUUAAGGCUUGUCUGCUGCUGGACUGCGUCUCAGGAAAACAACACUCACUAAAAACCCUGAUUCUGAUGGAUGACAUUGACUCGGAGUUGGUGGCUCAAGCACAGCAAUGCGGCGUGGACAUAAUUAGUCUGAAAGAUGCAGAGGCUCUUGGAAAAGCCCAUCUGCAAAAGCCCAUACCUCCUAAACCUGAUGACAUGGCUAUUAUUUGCUUUACUAGUGGAACCACAGGAAACCCAAAAGGAGCGAUGCUCACCCACAGAAAUAUUGUGUCCAACAUUUCUGCGUUUACCAAGAUAACAGCGACCAGCUGUCCUUUGAGUCCCAGCGACUGUCACAUCUCUUACCUGCCUCUUGCACACAUGUUCGAGCGAGUUGUACAGGGCGUAAUGCUAAUUCACGGGGGUCGUAUCGGCUAUUUCAAAGGAGAUAUCCGCUGCCUCAUGGACGACCUUAUGACUCUGCGGCCCACCGUCUUUCCGGUGGUGCCACGUCUGCUCAACCGAAUGUACGAUAAGAUCUUUGGCCAAGCCAACACUCCUCUGAAGAGGCGGAUCUUAGAAUUCGCCUUCCGGAGGAAAGAGGCUGAGAUGUUGAGUGGCAUCAUGAGGCGAAACAGUAUUUGGGACAAAAUCAUCUUUAAGAAAGUCCAGGACAGUGUUGGAGGAAAUGUGCGCUUGAUGCUGACUGGAGCUGCUCCCAUCUCUGCUCAUGUGCUGACUUUUCUACGUGCGGCUCUGGGAUGCCAGUUUUAUGAAGGCUAUGGUCAGACCGAGUGCACAGCCGGCUGCACGGUCACGUUAGCAGGAGACUGGUCAGCAGGUCACGUCGGACCUCCUCUCCCAUGUAACCUCAUGAAGCUGGUGGAUGUUGCUGAGAUGAAUUAUCUGGCUGUGAACGGAGAAGGAGAGGUGUGCGUGAAGGGGCCCAAUGUGUUUAAGGGAUAUCUGAAAGACCCAGAGAAGACUGAGGAGGCCAUGGACCAGGACGGCUGGCUCCACACAGGAGACAUCGGCAAGUGGCUACCGAAUGGCACUCUGAAGAUUGUGGACCGUAAGAAGCACAUCUUUAAGCUGGCACAAGGAGAGUACAUUGCCCCGGAGAAGAUCGAGAACAUUUACAUCCGAAGUGAAGCUGUGGUUCAGGCUUUUGUGCAUGGUGACAGCCUACAGGCCUGCCUGGUGGCCAUCAUUGUGCCUGACCCGGACUUCCUGCGUGGCUGGGCCAAUAAAAGAGGAUAUCACGGCUCAUACGAGGAGCUCUGUAGCAGCAAGGAAGUGAAAAACGCCAUAUUGGAGGAAAUUCUUAAAUUGGGCAAAGAAGGUGGACUGAAGUCUUUUGAACAGGUGAAGGAUAUCGCUCUGUACUCUGAGAUGUUCUCCAUCCAGAACGGCCUCCUGACUCCAACGCUUAAAGCGAAGCGUAAUGAGCUCAGGAACCAUUUCAGACAGCAGAUCGAUCAGCUUUACUCCAAGAUCCACAUGUGAGGGGGGAAAAAAAGGAUUCCAGGGAAUGGAUUUGAUGGAACACUGACAUACAACACUAUCUGUCCCCUUCACUCUCCAAUAGUUUUACUUAAAGUUUUACAUAAUGAGGUUUGGGUGAAGUGUUCCUUUAAAACAAACUGUGCCUUAUCCACAAUAUCCACAAUGUCCACUGCCUUAUAUAUGCAUCGGGAAUGAGAGAACAUUUCAUUACACUUUUUACCUUUCAGGACAUUUUAAACUCCUCAGACGACCUCCGUAUGCUGCCUUAGAUCCAGAGCAGGAAGAUUUUAAGACUUGAUGCUACUUUACCCAAGAGACCUGGAUUGAGCUUAGGCUUUUUUAGGGCAAUAUAAAAAGCUUUUCUUUUUCAAAAUAGAUGCCAAAGAAGCUGCUAAAUUGUGCUAGUACAAAGACUUACCUCGUGCCCUGUAUAGAGCUUAACAGACGGAUGUCUGCUUAGCUGAAUUGAAACAUCACUUUUUUUUUUUUUUUUUGAUGCCAACUUGUGGCUCCACAAUAAAUAGAGCCUAGAUACAUAAAUUAAAAUUAUGCAAAUGUGAAACUUUUUUUUUUCUUCUUCAAAUGAUUUCAAUGCCAUAGGCUUUAGCAUUGCUCAUACAACCUAGACAUAUAGAAAUAAUAUAUACUAUAAAUAAAUACUUUUUUUUUCUCUACUCUGCUUAGAUCACUUUGGCAGCAUGACUCAAAAUUCUUUUAUUAUAAUCUAUAAUUGUGGAAAAGGCAAAUUUCACAUAUUUAUCUUAAAGGAAUAUUCUAGGUGUCCCAAAUUUCCCAGUGUGACCGAGAACAUCUUUAGGAUAUAAAGAGGUUUUUUUGUUAACUUCAUUAUAGAUGGAAAGCCUGAAAUAGAGAUGGAUUUAUACGACUCAGAUUCGUGAUCACGAUGUACAGAAAGUGCUACAGAAUUCAGCAACUGCCCUUAAACUUUAAUAGCAAGUGAGGUGUGAGUAUGCUUGGGCAUGUUUAAGCACUUUUUUUUAACACAGAUGAAUUUUAAAUUAAAGUUUUAGGCUAAAAAAUGAAUGAAGCUGACUGUAUAGGGAGCCUUCUGUCACUCGGGUUGGCCAAUAAGGUGAUGAAGCUUUGUGCUAUAUAUUUUUGCAGUAUGUAUCUACAUAGCCAUGAAUUCAUAUAUAUAAUAUAUACACUGUGUGUUGGUGAUUUUAUGUUCUUUUGCUGCUUGAUUUCAAGAAGGAUCCGUAGCACGCAUUCCCUAGGCUAUAGCUAAACAUCCCGGAUAUGUUGCCAUCGCAAGAACAAAGCUCAAUGUUGACUAUUUAUAUGUUUUUUUUUUUUGUGUUCAUGACAAUGAUAAAUAAUAAUAAUAAUAAUGUGGUGUAUUGAUUUGUUUUAUAUGUGCCUGAUAUGAAAUUAAUCAAAUUGCAUCGAAAUAUUGAGUAUUUCUAGGUUCACUGUAGUUUUAAACUUGUUUGCCUGGUUUGAUUAAUUUAUAGUGAAGCUAUUUAACCGGUCCUGAUCUUCUUUGUACAGUAAUGCCUUCUAAAAGCUUUCUCUGGAAAUCAGACGUCAAAAAUCCCUUGUGCUCUUGUUCCUGUGUUUUUGAAGGGUUUUGUUAAUUUCGGAGUUUAAUUGAGCGCGUGUGUGCGCGCACGUGUGUAUGUUUCACAUAUCCAAACAGAAAUAUUCAAAUAAACAUUUUAUUAUGUGUGUUAAUGCAAGCCGUUGACGUGUAUGUGAGUUGUGUGAUAGAUGGACCUCACUGAGAAUAAAUGUGAUUAACUGGAAAAAAGUCUCACUGAAUGAUAGCAAAAUAAAACGAGCUAUUUAGAGAAUAA